UGAAAACGGCGAAGCGGCAAGACGUGUGCGCGGACCUAAGUUGGAUUUUGAUUUGUUUUAAAAUCACCGCAUUUCGUCAGGGAAUACCCGCAUUGCAUUGCACAUGGCAAAACUAACCAAGUAACCUAAAGUUUAAGCGAGAGUUUAAAUCGAAAUUAAUCGCAGACUAAUCGGCGCGUCGCUAAAUGUCAACACAAUUAACAGCCAAGUACAGCCGAGAAAAAGAAGAAUAAAAAAAAGUAGCAAGAAGAAUAAGCAAAGAAGAAGAAGCGAGAGCAAGAACUGUGAUAAAGUUAAGUGGUAAACAAGCAAGCAAGCAUGGAUAACAGUAGCGGCCAAAACAGCAGAACAGCAGCGUCAUCAGCGGCGUCAACCAACAAAAUAGUCAACUAUUCAUCACCAGCCUCGCCAUCAGCAGCGUCCACCUCUUCCUGUGACCUUAUGGCCUUGGGAAUCGCGACGGAACCCACGGAUCAGCAGCCCGUUAAGCUGAUCCAACAGCGUUAUCUGAUCAGCGCCCAGCCUAGUCACAUAUCGGCAGCCGUGGCCGCCAAGACGCCCGCCUCCUAUCGCCACCUGGUCGAUCUGACCGCCUCCAAUCUGCGCUGUGAGGAUAUUUCCACCGGGAAGCAGUUUCUCUGCAGGAUUGUCAACGAACCGCUGCAUAAGGUUCAACGAGCCUACUUCCAACUGCAACAGCAGGAUGAGGAGCUGCGCAGAAGCACCAUCUAUGGUCAUCCACUGAUCCGACCCGUUCAUGAUAUAAUACCGCUGUCCAAGGAUCGCACGUACAUCUUGAUAGCACCCGUUCCUCAGGAGAGGGAUUCUACAGGCGGUGUUACGGGAGUGUACGAAAAUCUGCACACCUACAUCCGCCACGAGAAGCGACUGUGUGAGACGGAGGCAAGGGCCAUAUUCCAUCAGAUCUGCCAGACCGUUCAGGUGUGCCACCGCAAUGGGAUUAUCCUCAGGGAUCUUAAGCUGAAGCGAUUCUACUUCAUCGACGAGGCCAGAACCAAACUGCAGUAUGAAUCCCUGGAAGGCUCUAUGAUCCUCGACGGAGAGGAUGAUACUCUUAGCGACAAAAUCGGCUGUCCAUUGUACACCGCUCCGGAACUCCUUUGCCCCCAGCCAACGUACAAGGGCAAACCAGCGGACAUGUGGUCGCUGGGCGUGAUCCUAUACACGAUGCUGGUCGGCCAGUAUCCGUUCUACGAGAAGGCCAAUUGUAACCUCAUUACCGUGAUCCGUCAUGGCAACGUUCAGAUUCCUAUGACAUUGUCCAAGUCGGUGCGCUGGCUUUUGCUGUCACUACUACGGAAGGAUUUCACAGAACGCAUGACCGCCAACUACAUCUUUCUGACACCGUGGCUGCGGGAGCAAAGACCCUUUCACAUGUACCUACCCGUCAACGUGGAAGUGGCCGAGGACUGGAGCGAUGCGGAGGAGGAGGACGAAGGCAAAAGCACCGAUGCGAUGGAUGACGAUGAAAGCGGACUCUGUUCACUGGGCGACAAGCACGAAUACGAGGACAUUGGCGUAGAGCCGCUGGACUAUACUCGCACCACGCUCCAGAUGGCCCAGAAUGCCAAUGGUUUGUCCACGGAGCCCGAACCUGAAACAGAUGUGGACAUGGGCUGAUUAGCGCUCGUGAAGUCACCCACGGGUUGCUUUCUGGGAUACGCUGGCGCGUUGACUGCAAUCGGCUGAAACCCGGUUGAUAAGUCGCCGGGAUAGGACAAAUCGAAUGAUAUGCCAUUGUGAACAUCCUGGCCCCCUUGGUCGCGCCGAAUCCGACUGCGUUCCACGUCGUCUUCCUGCAGGUGGUACUGCCAACAAAGACUUAAAGCCUCGCUUAGACACUCUCUUAGACACACAAGAACUCACUGCCUUCCAAUCGCGCUGCGGCCCCGAUUCGUUCAAGAAUCGCGCCGCUUCGCAGCCUCCUCUCUGCAACCGAUUCUUCCUAAAACCUACCUAUGUACAAUACAAUUAACUUUUUAAUUUUUUUUGCAAACUGUUGAUCUUAUCAAAGGACAGUCGCCCUGAUUCGUUUUUGGGCUUUAAAACACAUUAGUUUCCAUGUUAAAAAAUGCAACGAGUGCAAAUUGUUAUUUAUUAUUUAAUACUUCUGUAUUACGCUUCGUCUACUAUUAAAAUCUUGUAAGUCAAAAAAUCGUGAAAAAAACAUAAUACAUUGAAAUUUGAUCUCACCAAGAAUAA